UCAGUUUCUUCUACCGACAAACGACGAUUUACUAUGAUUAAUUUUCAGUAGUACUUCCUUCGGCCACACCCUUCCCUCCUAGAAAUGCUUUACAAAUCACAGUAGCAGUUGUUAACUUGACGGGACCACGCACCAAACAGAUCUUAUCAGUGUUCUUAGCUCACUGUUAACACUCCCCUCUGGCUCUGUUUACAGUGACAGCGUAGAGUAUAAGAAAUACUCCACUCUACUCAUCAAAAUUAUCAAAUGUGCAUUCGAAAUCCGUAGCAACAUGAUGAGAGACAGAGAAUCCUCUGACGAAGAAGAUGAUCGAGAGAACUUGAUCCAGCAAAAUGACCAUCCCAAAUCUCCACUUCGCUCCACAUUCCAAAUCGACGACGUCAAGGACCGAUUUGCUUUUAAUCGGCGUUUUAAUUUUACCUUUAGUAAGAGGUAUUUCUUAGCAAUUAUUCUCCCAGUCUUAGUACUCAUUCUUUAUUUCAUCACCGAUAUCAAAAACCUCUUCCAAACAACCGUUACAAACAUCAAGUAUGAUGGUUCCAUCAAUUCUAUGCGUGAGUCCGAAUUGCGGGCUCUUUAUUUGCUUAGACAGCAGCAAUUAGGGCUUUUUAAGCUGUGGAACCACACAUUAGCUAAUGAUACUUCUAGUACAGGAUUAAGUAGCUUUGUUUCAAAGUCUUCUACUGUAGAAGAUCUCAAAUCUGACUUGCUUAGUCAGAUUUCACUAAAUAAACAAAUUCAGCAAGCUCUUUUGUCUUCUCAUCAAUUAGGUAACUUGUUAAUUACAUCAGAUAAUUCUACGGACCCUAGUUUCGGUGGUUUAGGUAGGUGUCGGAAGGUGGAUCACAACUUGUCACAGAGGAAAACUGUUGAGUGGAAACCGAGAUCCGAUAAAUACUUGUUUGCUAUUUGUGUCUCUGGUCAAAUGUCAAACCAUUUGAUUUGUUUGGAAAAGCAUAUGUUCUUCGCGGCUCUGCUCAACCGCAUUUUGGUUAUUCCAAGCUCAAAAGUUGACUAUGAGUUUAAUCGAGUGUUGGAUGUUGAUCAUAUAAAUAAAUGCUUGGGGAGAGAAGUAGUUGUAACCUACGAGGAAUUUGCAGAAAGACGAAAGAGCCACGUGCAUAUAGAUAAGAUCAUUUGUUAUUUCUCUCAGCCACAGCCUUGUUUUUUGGACGAUGAACGUGUUAAGAAGUUAAAGUCGUUAGGAGUUUCUAUGAAUAAGCUUGAAGUUGCUUGGGAUGAGGAUGUUAAGAAGCCAAAGAAAAGGACUGUCCAAGAUAUAACGGCAAAAUUUUCUACUGAUGAUGAUGUUAUUGCAAUUGGUGAUGUGUUCUUUGCUGAUCUGGAGAAGGACUGGGUGAUGCAGCCUGGUGGCCCCAUUUCCCACAAAUGCAAGACACUUAUUGAGCCAAGUCGUCUUAUUAUGCUUACAGCCCAGCGUUUCGUCCAAACAUUCUUGGGAGAUAACUUUAUCGCUCUACAUUUCCGCAGACAUGGUUUUCUGAAAUUCUGCAAUGCCAAAAAGCCAAGUUGCUUCUAUCCUGUUCCUCAAGCUGCAGAUUGUAUCAACCGUGUGAUUGAGAGGGCCAAUUCUCCAGUAAUAUAUCUUUCCACAGAUGCUGCAGAAAGUGAAACUGGUUUACUUCAGUCACUUGUUGUAUUCAAUGGGAAGAUUGUACCCCUUGUUAAAAGGCCUGCUCGAAACUCAGCUGAAAAAUGGGAUGCUUUGUUGUACAGACAUGGCCUUGAGGGAGAUUCUCAGGUGGAUGCUAUGCUGGACAAGACAAUUUGUGCUAUGUCUAGUGUGUUUAUUGGAUCAUCAGGGUCUACUUUUACGGAUGAUAUUUUGCGGCUUCGGAAGGACUGGGGAUCUGCAUCACUUUGUGACGAGUAUCUAUGCCAGGGUGAACUGCCAAAUUUCAUCGCAGAUGAUGAGUGAAACAGAUAAUGGUUGAUCAUAUUUCUUCUAGUACUCCGCAUGAGAGGCUUUUCUAAGCGAGUCACUAUGCUUGAAUCAAUUGCUCUAACAAAGAUUACUAUGGAGUAAGAAUGAUAUAUGUUGUUCUAAUGUUUGUUCCAUACUUCUUUUCUCGAUUCUUUGGCACAGAUGGCCUGUUGGGCCGAUUCUUUGGUCUGUAUUCUAUUGUAUUAUAUUUGCUUAGCAGAGAGAGAAUGUUUUGUUCUGAGUAUCUGUUUUGUCUCUUGCCACUAGUUUUUAGCUUGUAGGCUUGCAAAUACACAUCUCAAUAGUUGAGUAUUUUAUGACUUCA